CUGAUUGGUGUCACCUGCCGACGAGGGCUGGAGAGUAACCUGCGUCAUUAGUGAUCCAUCUAAGAUAAACAAAAAGAAGCGGCCGAAAAACCACCAGGCCUGGGUCAAAAUUGAAUGAAAUUAUUAAAUUAGUUUUAUUUAUUUUUUUAACUUCCGUUCGUGUGUAAUGGCGCCUUUCCGCCGCCUUCACUGAGAGCAGUGAGCAUCCACCAAAGAGCUUUAACAUGCUGAGAGAGACCUUCAAGACCUGGAGCAAUGGCUCCGAGGCCUACAGCAGUGACCCUGAGGAGGACGAGGAGGAGGUAGAGGAGGAGGAAGAAGAGGAGGAGAACAUGGUGUUUGGGGAGAAUGAUCAGGAGGCCAUGGCUGAAGAGAUGAUGGACCUGAGCGACCUGCCCACAUCACUGUUUGCAUGCAGUGUCCAUGAGGCUGUGUUUGCGGAGGCUCUGCACAGGGAGAGGUUCGAGGCAUUGUUUAGGAUCUACGACGAACAGACGACGUUCCAGAUGUUCAAAAGCUUCCGAAGAGUCCGGAUCAACUUCAGCACCCCAGAAGCCGCUGCCCGCGCCCGCAUUGAGCUGCAUGAGUCAGACUUUAAUGGCAACAAGCUAAAACUCUACUUUGCCCAGAUCCAGAAUGGUGAUGAGGACAUUGAUAAGUCCUACCUGGCUCCUCCCCAGCCCGUCAAACAGUUCCUGAUCUCACCGCCUGCGUCACCACCAGUGGGCUGGAGCCAGAGCGAGGACGCCACGCCCGUCAUCAACUAUGACCUCCUGUGUGCUGUCGCCAAGCUAGGACCUGGUGAGAAGUAUGAGCUCCACGCAGGGACAGAGUCCACCCCCAGCGUGGUCGUCCACGUGUGCGAGAGCGAGACAGACGAGGAAGAAGGGGCUCGACCAAAGCAGCAGAUCGUCCAGACCAGACGUCCCGACGGCGCCCCCAAAGUCUGCAACUAGAGAGUCCUUCUUUCCCGACGCCGGCGCGGCCCUGUGACCGCCCCUUUAAAAAAAACCUGCAACACACCUGCCCCUCUCUCUUGUCUGUGCACUCACAGAGAGCGUCGGUGCCCCUCAUUUCAGUUCAACUACAAGCAAAAAUAAAUUAAAAAAAAAAACACACACCAACAAACAUUGCUCAAAGACGGUGUUUGUGGGCGAGCGUGGCGACGGAAUGAGGCGGCUCGUGGACGGGGAUGGAUGAGAAUCACACACACACUCAUCACAUUCAGCAGACAGACGGCGUGGGGAGUGACGGGGGAGGGGGCGCUCGCCUCCGCCCUCACAGUCCACCCUCGUUUUCAGUAAAGAGGGGGGGAUAUCUGUCCGGAUGUUGUAGGCACCUGUCACUUACCGCACAUACAUCCAUUGCUAGUCCUGCACUGUAGCUCGCUAGCCGUACCUCUCCCUUUAGCCUCACAGUUGUUGGUCUGAUCACAAAGACAUUUUUAAACUAUGUUUUCAUAUGUAUAUAAAUGGUAUACAUAUGCUUAUUGAUACACCUGUGUACGUCUACACUUCGACUUUUUUCAUCCAUUUUUACAUCCGGUUUUUCACUUUAGCUUGCAUCCAGUUGAGUGUGUGAUGGUCCUUCUUGUCUGCAUGUAACAAUGAAUAUAUUUCAAAAAAAAAGAAUACUUAACAGAAACACAAGUACUAACAAGAUAUAACAAGGGAAAAAACAAGGAACCUAUUAAACGUCACACAGCACGAAACGCCAUACGUGACUAUCGGAGUUGUAAGUAGUCGCCGUUUGACUUUUCUUUCGCCGGUUUCUGUCUCUUUCGAUCGGAAAAGGUGUUGUUUUUUGCUUAACUACUCGAUGUGUAUUCUUAUUCUGUGUAUUUGACACACUGAUACUUUUUGCAUGC